AGCCGUCGAGUGUCGUUAUCCUGCCCUGACCUCCGCUGCGGGCGGCCAGGAGACCCGCGGUCCGCUCUCCGGAAGGAUAGUUUGCGCUCCGUUAGGUUGCAUAAAUAGAAAAGAUCUGAUGUACAAAAGGUACAUCGCUUUAAAACGUUUUAGAACAUUCAGUUAUCCUUGCGUCAUUAUGAAAACACAUAAAUGCAAUUAUAUGUAUGCAUUUAAAAUUACAAGUCAUUCUGCAUUGAUUGCAAAGGGGGUGCUUUCUGGGGGUGAUGGACAUAUUUAUCUUGUUUAGGGUGGUGAUGACAGAUGAAUUGAGUUGGCAAAACUUGUAAACUCCACUGAAAAUCUGUGCAUUGUGUUGUAUGUAAAUUAUACAUCAAUUUAAAAAAUCAGAAAAUAAUUCUGCAGGCAUAUGAAAAGUUACUAACUGCAAUUACUUAUACAUGCAUCUAUAAAAGCCAAUUGAAUGCGGCUGUAGAAGUGUGUAUUUAUAGCAACUACGAGCAACCUUGUUGGGUUCUUUAUUUAUUCAAGCUCAGCGCAGUCGGAAACAGAGCAAAAACGUCGCUGACAUAACUCGGGGCGGAGCCACAUGCCUUAAGAAUAGUCGGCCGGAGGCGAGCGGGAGCAGCGCCUGACUUAGCCUCACCAUGAGCGGCUGGAACAGCUCGGAGCUCCAGGUCUUCUGCAACUCGAGCCAGCGGUUCCUGCAGCCACUCUGGGACUGCGUGAGGAACCCGGACGCCCUCACGCAGUCGCCCUUCUUUCUGGUCAUCUUUGGGAUAACCACCUACGUGGUCUUCUGCCUGCCCUUCGUGGUGCUGGACGUGUUGUACCCCUGGGUGCCCGCGCUGCGGCGCUACAAGAUCCACCCUAACUUCUCGCCGACGGCGCGACAGCUGCUGCCGUGCUUGGGGCAGACUCUGUACCAGCACGUGCUGUUCGUGUUCCCGGUGACUCUGCUGCACUGGGCUAGUAGUCCGGACCGCCUGCUCACCGAGGCUCCGGAGCUGCUGGAGCUGGCGUGCCACGUCUUGGUCUGUCUGCUGCUCUUCGACGCCGAGUUCUUCGCGUGGCAUGUGCUGCACCACAAGGUGCCCUGGCUGUACCGGACCUUCCACAAGGUGCACCACCAGAACUCGUCCUCGUUCGCUUUGGCCACGCAGUACAUGAGUGUCUGGGAGCUGUUUUCCUUGGGCUUCUUUGACGCGGUAAACGUCAAGCUGCUCGGGUGCCACCCGCUUACCGUGCUAGUGUUCCAUGUGAUCAACAUCUGGCUGUCGGUGGAGGACCACUCAGGCUAUAACUUCCCCUGGUCCACUCACAGACUGGUGCCUUUCGGGUGGUACGGGGGUGUGGUGCACCACGACUUGCACCACACCCAGUUUAACUGCAACUUUGCACCUUACUUCACACACUGGGACAGACUUCUGGGAACGCUUCGACUGGCGCACGCCAAGUAACUUGCACCCCUCCCAGCUUGGUGGUGUGGCUGCAGUGGGUGCCCCUCAGACCUGCAACUGCUGUGCAUUUCACGCUCGAAUCAGGAGAAGCACACCUGAGCUAUUGUUUUUUUAAAGCAAGUGACUUAUUAACUAAUGAAAACUCUUGUAGAUAAAAUCUGAUGUAUUUUUGCAAGGUGACAAAGUAAUUUAUAAAAUGUUUGUAUAUCGAUGCAGCAGCCGUGGUGGCUCAGUGGUUAAAAGCUCGGAUGCUAACCAG